UAUUUGAAUUUGCACACUCUCUCGUCUCUCUCUCUCUCUGUCUCUCUUUCUCUCUCUCUCUAACUCAAUCGCCAUCAUCAUCAUGGAGAUCUCUCAGAGACUCUUCAAAUUCAAAUACCACUUCGUCGCAGCUCUGCUCUUAGCCUUCACUGUCUCCUCCUUCGCCGUCCUCGCUCCCAGAUUCCUCACCGUCUUGGCUUACUUCUGGCCGCUCUUCCUCUCCACCGCUCUCUUCCUCGCUCUCGUCCUCGUCUUCGGCCGGACCUCCUCCUCCGCCGCUGGCAGCAGCAGCAGCAGCAACAACACCGCCGGUGAGGUUUUCCUCGAUUACGUCGCUGGCCACCACGAGCUUCAGCUGGAAUCUCAAGCCAGCAAGUCCGAUUAGAGCAUCAGAUCGGGCAAUCAAUCACACACAGAACGUAGCAGUUAGCAUCGUAGUAAGGUUAGCUGCAGUUUGGAGAUUAAUUUUAGUGUCUUAACUCUGAAAAGUAGAAAUAUUACGGUAGCUUGUAAUCUCUGGAACUUUUAUAAUUAAUUUCUUUUUCUUUUCUCUC